GUUGCUAUAAAUAGCCCCAAACAUACGACGACGCCACAAAUUCAUCCGCUUCCUAAUUUAAUGACGAUAGCUGCUUUUUUGUAAACAAUGGCAAACCCCAAAGUUUUCUUUGACAUCACCAUCGAUGGCGCUAACGCAGGCAGGAUCACGAUGGAGCUUCGAGCAGAUGUGGUGCCAAAGACUGCUGAGAACUUCCGGGCUCUUUGUACAGGAGAAAAAGGUUUUGGCUACAAGAACUCCACAUUUCAUCGCAUCAUUCCCAAGUUCAUGUGUCAGGGCGGAGACUUCACCAACCACAACGGCACAGGAGGAAAGUCCAUCUACGGAGAGAAGUUCGCCGACGAGAACUUCCAGCUGAAGCACGGCGGCAUGGGGACGCUGUCCAUGGCCAACGCCGGGCCCGACACCAACGGCUCGCAGUUCUUCAUGUGCACGGCGUCCACUGACUGGCUCAACGGGAAGCACGUGGUGUUCGGGAGCGUGGUGGACGGCGUCGACGUUCUGAAGAACAUCGAGAAGCAAGGAACCAAGAGUGGAACCCCGAAGGUCAAAGUGGUCAUCGCCGACUGCGGGGAGAUCAAAUAGAACCUUCCCGCCACUAAGCUAGCCCCGCCCCCUCCCCUCUGGUACAGUCAGAGGCACUUCUUCACCUCACCGCUAGAGGCCGCUGUUACGCACCCUUCUUCCUCCACCCCCCAGAGAUUGUGUUCCAACUGUAUUUGUGAUUAACAUUUAUUAAAAUCAGGCAGUUAUACAAAUUAUUCACAAUAAAAACACAAGGCUUCAAUGUC